AUGGUGCUGAGAUCGACAGAGUCACCGAGGCCUUCGAAGGUGUGGCGUGAAGGAGGCGAGAGUGCAGCGGUGGCAUGGUGCGGCGGCUAUUUUUCAUGGGGCGACACGGGUUCGCAAGAAUGGGUUUUGCGCUCGCAAAGUAACAAGACUGAAAAUUUCCUGCCGCUUGCGAAUAAGGAAGCAGAGUCGACGCGAAAGGAAGCUGAAAAAUUAAAAAAAAAGAAAUUAGCAGCGGUGAGAAAGUCGAGAUCUCAUGAUGGAUUCAAAUGA